CACAGUGUGAUCCACACAGUGAUCCACAGCGUGUCUGUGUGCUACGUGCGCUCUGGCUGCUCUCUGAGGAUGAUGACGGUGUUGCUGACGGAUCAGGUAAUCCUCUGGCUGACGUCCGUCUCUGAGCCGAUGGAAACUCCCAGGAUUAGCUCUGAAAACGCCUCUGGAAGUCGCUCUCAUCAGACGAGUGAGCGGUUCUGUUUCCGUGGUGAUCGGUCCGGUUGACCCGGUUGCUUCUGGCUCACCGCCUGUUGAACCGGGUUUUAGAUGUUGGGAAUGACGGUCAUCAGAGUUUGUCUCGUUCCCACCGUCCCGGUGAAGAACCUGAACGGGUCCAGCCCGGUCCACCCCGCGCUGGCCGGGAUCACCGGGAUCCUGAUGAGCGCCGCGGCGCUGCCCGUGUGCCUGACCCGGCCGCCCAAGCUGGUGCUGCACCCCCCACCCAUCAGCAAGAGCGACAUCAAGCCGGUACCGGGCUUCAACCACUCCUGCAGGAAGACCACCAAGAAGCAGGUCCGCAAAGGUAAAACUCCAGAGGAGGUUGUGAAGAAAUACCUGCAGAAAGUAAAAAGUCCUCCAGAGGAGGACUGCACCAUCUGCAUGGAGCCACUUGGGGGCCCGUCCGGGUACAAAGGUCCGGGCGUUGGACCCGUCUCCAAGGCAGAGUCGGUGGGUCGCCUCACCCAGUGCGGACACCAGUACCACUUCCAGUGUCUGGUGGCGAUGUACAACAAUGGCAACAAGGACGGCAGCCUCCAGUGUCCCACCUGUAAGACCAUCUACGGCGUGAAGACUGGCAACCAGCCAGCCGGGAAGAUGGAGUACCACGUCAUCCCCCACUCCUUACCGGGUCACCCCGACUGCAAGAGCAUCCGCAUCAUCUACAACAUACCGCCAGGGAUUCAGGGACCAGAGCACCCGAACCCGGGGAAGCCCUUCACUGCCAGAGGCUUCCCGCGACACUGCUACCUCCCAGACAGCGAGAAGGGGCGCAAGGUUCUGAGGCUGCUGCUGGUGGCGUGGGACCGCCGGCUGAUCUUCUCCGUCGGAACGUCCAGCACCACGGGAGAAUCCGACACCGUCAUCUGGAACGAGGUCCACCACAAGACUGAGUUCGGGUCCAACCUGACGGGCCACGGAUUCCCCGACCCGGGUCACCUGGACAACGUGUUGGAGGAGCUCCGAGCUCAGGGCAUCACAGAGGAAGAUGCACUGGUAGAGAAGUGAGAGAGGAAGAGGAGGAAGACUCUCUGCCAGCACUUAGGAGGAGAUGAGGAGGACAGCGACCGAGUUCUUCAGACUAUGACGCUGGCUUAGCCUUUCAAUGCAAGUUUCUCCAAAUUUUUUAAACCAGCGCAUCAAACGAGUAGUUGAGGGGAGGAAGAGGAGGAGAAAGAGAAGGAAGACGAAGCUUGUGGGUCUAGGUACUAAACAAGAGUGAGAAUGAAUGGGUACUAACAUCUAGAACAGGAACAAGUUAACUUUACUGAAUGAACGAAUAAAAAGUUGGUAAAAUGCAGCAAAAACUGGAAGGAAGAAGACGGAGGAAGAAGAGGAGAGAGGGAGGAAGAGGAGGGAAGGUUGAGGAAGAAGAGAGAGAAGGUGUAUGAAUGUAGUUUAGGAUAGCAGUAGAGUGAAAUAACUUGUGUGGUACGUUCAGGUGCUAGAGGGACCAACAGAUGGGCUGGCUUUGUUAAGCUGUGGUGAGGUGGCGCCCCCUGGUGGGCAGCUGGAGCAAAGCGGUCCUCACCGUUUCCUCAUCACUUCAUUCUUCGCUUUGAGUCAGAUCCUGCAGCGCCAUGUUCAUGAUUGUUCUGUGAAGAUCCGGAAGAACCGAGCCUCCGGGUCGCAACUGCGUUUAUGUUUUUAUUGUUCUUAGUCAUAUCAGUCGGUACCGGCGUUCGCUGUUUUGUCCUGACUGUCAUUGAAUGCUUCGUCCUGUUGAGGUGAACUCAACCAAACCUGGCGGUGCGUUCACUGCCAGGUUAGGAGGUUCCAAAUGGUUCUGUUAGCAUUCAAUGUCAGAACUUUACUCAUGUUUGAUUGUUUACUACAGAAAUUUAAAGUAUAUUUUCAUCCAGUAGCUGCUUUUCUCCAUUACAAAAAGUAAACUAAAGAUGUUCUGACAUUUUUCUAUAGAUUAUGACCUUAUUUGGCAACUGAACAAGUGUGAAGCUUUUAAUUUUAUCUUUUUUGGUGAAGAUAAAAUAUUUACCUGUUCAUCAGAGUAAAGAUCAAAAAUGGUACGAUAGAAAUUCAGACUCUUUUCCUCUGAGGUACAUUGAACGCAGCUUUGUAUCAACAGAUAGUGUACUGCUUCUGAUUGGCUGCCAUGUUUUAAGCUCGACCAAUGAGAACACUUGUAGAUGCACUUUUUAUCCCAGCUGUUGGAACCUGUGAGGUUCUGUUAAUGACCAGGUCAGAAGAAUCCGGGUUAUAUUUGGGUAUCACCAUCAUCAUCAUCAUCAUCUUCUACCUGAUGCUGGUUGUCCUAAUGAUGGUACUCCCUCCACUCUUAACGUCUUUAUUACAUUUUUUAGCUACAUAUUUGCUUUUAGUAGCAUUUUAUUGACACUAUUAUAGAAUAAAUUGCCUUUUUUCUUAUUUUGUACAUUUAUCUUGUAUUAAUUAUCCUGUUUUUUAUGUUACCUUUUGUUUACGAAGACAGUAUUAUUAAAUACGCCGUCUUUUGUUGUUCUCUGUACAGAAAUGAAGCUGAUUUGCAUCUUUUCUUUGGAAAAGGAAUUUCAUGGUAGACUUUUAUCUGAGUGUGACUUGUAAUACAUUUUUCUAACUGAAAGCUGCAGCUGUGUAUUCAUGCUGUCAGUGUCUGUCAUGAUGCUGGAAGCAUUUAAACUUGGUCUUAAAAACUUUUCCAGAAUCACCUCCAUUUGUCAUAAAUGUUUUCCUGUUCUUUGGCUCAGACAACACGACGUUUCCUUCUGAGCGUGUGCAGCGUGAGGCCAGAUGGGAUUCAUACGGAAGAAGAUUACAGCCUCUGGAAAAACACAUAAUUUACUUUUUUUCUCAGAAGUCCAACUAUAAACUCAGAAUUCUGUUUAAUUUAGACUUUAAACUUGUCUUUAAUUUUAGGAUUCUUAUUGUAAUCUCAGAAUUUGGGGAAAACAUUCUCAGCAUUCUGGGGUGAAUUUCAUAAUUGUGUUUUUAUUUUUCAGUGGCCCUAAUCUUCUUCUGUAACUUCACGGUGUGAUUUACUUUUUAAUUUGUUUAAACCACCAUCAUGCCUCAUCCCCACUGAACUCUCCUCACCAGUAAAUGUGUGGAUUACUAUCGGCCCACCGGUGGCAUCUUGUAGUGGAAGGAGAGACGUGAUCAUGGGUGCUGAUUUGAAAGCAUGAAAACAUGUUAAACAACAAAAAAAAGUGUAAAUAUGGCAUAAAUAAUUGCUGGAGUAUGAAUGAUUAAUACAAUAAGAAAAAUAAAGAAUGAAUGAAAUUUAAA